CGUUCUUCGCCGCAGGUCAGAGGAAACGCAGACUCGGUACGAGAUCGCUCAUUAGCAUGCUGUUGUAUUUCGGUUCAAACCAGACUGUUGCGUCGCUUCUCAAAAUGAUCUAGCUGCCUUUCCCUUGUAUAUCUUCUACAGACGUUUUUAAUAACACUACGUCAAUGAAAGUCUCUGAUCGACCUAGCAUCAUUAGACGAGCCAAUGUUAUCUCAAUUACUUUAAAACGGACCUUGAAGUUUUUCUCGUCAUCAAAUAUUUCUGGAAAUCCUUAAAACUACGUCAGAGGACACUAAAUAGCUACUAACUACUUGGGCUGAAUUAACGCAGGGAAUAUGAACAAACAAGGAGUAUUUAUUUCUCUUGUUUUUGCUGUCUGUUUUGUUGUUGGAAUCCUCAUAAAUUCGCUUGGUUAUGAAAAAAUUCAUUCAAUGGUCCAGAAGAAAAUGAAAGAGAAUUUCGAAAAAGUAUUUGGUGAAUAUUUGCAUAGAAAUCCGACGAACUUUUCUGAUGGAUUAAAAAUUGAUGAUAAUAUAACAACCCCUUUCAAUACUACUCAAGCAGAAUUUGACAUUAUCCACGAAGUACUUCGAACUUUACGAGGCAGAUUUGAUGACAGCCAUCUACGGCAGGAAUCAGCGAAAGUAAAUUCGACAAAAUUGGUCAUGAUGUACACUCCGUUUUUUAAUGACUUAAAUUGGCUUGUAAAAGAAGAAGGCUAUAACACAAUUGAUGGUACAAAGUGCCCCUAUUACCAGUGCGAGUUUACAACGGAUAAAAAAGAUUUUAUUCGAAGCGAUGCUGUUAUAUUCCAUGCUCGAGACAUGACAGGCUUAGAAGAGCUAAGAAACCUUCAAAAAACUAGACCCACCCAUCAACGAUGGAUCUACUUUAUAAUGGAAAGCCCUAUUUUUACGCCGGAUCCCUCGCCCUAUAAUGGAAUGUUUAACUGGACUUUGACUUAUAGGCCCGAUUCAGAUUUAAGGUUUCCAUAUGGAAACUACUUCCCACGACACACACCUUGGAAAGAACAAGAGUCUUUAAAGAAAAUUAUUGCAAGUAAAACCAAGCUUGUUUUCUGGGCUUCAUCGCAUUGUGGACUUCUUCGUGACAAAUACGUUGGUAAACUUAGGAAAUUUAUAAAUGUAGAUAUCUUUGGAGCUUGUGGGGCAUUGUUGGGUGGUGGUGCAGGGUCGUGUGCGCGAUUUUCAAAGGAUUGUACAGAAAAACUUCAACAGUACAAGUUCGCCCUUGCAUUUGAAAACUAUAUGUGUGAAGACUACAUCACAGAAAAAUACUGGUGGAGAUUAUUGAUAGGUGUGGUUCCUGUUGUUAUGGGUGGAUCCAAGUACGACAGUAAAGUAGCAGUCCCAGGGUCUUAUAUCAACGCGGCUGACUUUCCAACCACUCAAGCACUAGCGAACUAUCUUCUUUACUUGAACAAGAAUAACACAGCCUACAUGGAGUUCUUUGAAUGGAAAAAGAAAUAUGUUGUUCGGGAUACCCUGAAGUAUUUCAAGUGCGCCUUGUGUGCAAAACUGAAUUUGGAUCACAAACCCAAAAUGUACGAACGACUCGACGAGACGUGGAGCAAGACUAAACAUUGUGGUAAAACGGAUAAGAUAUUUAAUGAUAUUAUUAAUCGAUCUUGACUCGAUAGGAUAUUAAUAGUUCUUUUGCGAACUCGAUUGAUUGACCACGAAACAAUGGCUUGGAGCUAGUCGAACUUCAGUGGACUUUAUGUGCUCAUACAUUAGUUUAUUUUACUGCGUUUAUCAAGUGCUACCAUUGUUACGUGGUCACUGAUCAAACGAAUUCAGGAAUUCUUGGCUAAAUUGUGAUUUUGCCAUCGUAAAAGUCAUUUCCUAGCACGAUAAGCACAGUAAUAAUAAUCCAAAAAUAUUAAAACUCGAAUAAUUUCAAAACUGAAAAAUGAAAAUCUCUGAAACUUUCUGACCUUGAAGACUACCAUAGUAUGUUUCAGAUAGUGAACGCCGUUUCUCUGGAUCUGGUCAGAUUACGCCAAAAAAAUUUAAAAAGAUAAUCACAUGACGUCACUGUGCCUUCAGGGCGUGUCCGAUGGUCACGAAAUACACACGAUUUAAAACUUCCAUCUAUACCUGCAACUAGUAUAAACUCAUAUUUGGCCAAGGUAUAUUUGGUACAGCGCAGUUUGCAAUACAAGUAGAGGAGUCGUGCUUCAAAAUUAUUGUAUCGAGUCACCUUAACCCGUGGAAAAAUAGUACACACGAUUGAUGGGUUGCAAGAAUUCCGAAGAGAGUCAAAAGACAAAAACAUGGAGUCCAUUGAGGUGCUGUUAACAAUGGAUGCUAAUGAGAAAUCUUUUGUUAAAUAGCACCAACAUGGCCGCGAUGACGUAACGUGCAAUCGAAGAAUAGUAGACUCUAAAGUCAUUAUUUUCUUUUGUUCUUUAUCAACUGGUACUAACUAAAUAGUCAUUUUUCUUUCACGGGUUGAAUAAAUUACUCAAUCUUUUCACGGGUCACUAUUGAUCUAUUAUAAUAAGCUCCCGAAAAGGUGCUGCCGGAAAAUGAACCAAUGAACUGCGUGUUACGAUUACUGCGCACGUGCAAACGUACGCGCACGUAAACUUGGUUUGAAUUGAUGUGUAAGCAUACCUAUCUGGCAUGACUGACAACGUCUUCUCGACAAAACUAAAAUUGUAAGUCUUAAAUUCAUAUUUCUA